CACCCUCCACCCCCAGCAGAGGUGUGGUUUCCGUAAGGAAGCGAGGAAACCGGAGACAUGGAGGAGGGACCGGGGCUUCCCGGGAGAAACAGGCCCUCCGCCCUCUGAGGCUGGCGACGCGGUGGUGGCUCGGAAAGCGGUGACCCCUAAAACAGGACCCCCACCCCCUGGCGCGGCCCCCAGGCGUACGGGGAAGCUGUUCAAACCCCUUAUGUUCACAAUAGGGUUUACAGGGUGCUCCUUUGGUGCGGCGGCCAUCUUGCAAUACGAGUCUUUGAAGUCACGAGUGCAGACGGCCAGGGACGAGGCUGAGGUGGAGAAAAACGGAAAGGCAUCACAAGACAUGACACACUGGCACAACUGGUGGAACCAGCUAACAGACUUCCAGAAACAGGUCAUCCUGCUCAUGUCGUUUGUGGAUGAUUUCUGGAACAGCCUGACCGAGGGUCAGCAGAUGGCCACUGGGAUCAUAGCGGUCAAUGCUGUGGUGCUCUGCUGUUGGCGAAUACCCUCUAUGCAACGAUCCAUGCUCAAGUACUUUACUGCCAACCCAGCCUCCAAGACGCGGUGCCUUCCCAUGCUCCUCUCCACCUUCAGCCAUUACUCUAUAAUCCACAUGGCAGCCAACAUGUAUGUCCUGUGGACCUUCUCCUCCAGCAUCGUCUCUCUCCUGGGGAAGGAGCAGUUCCUCGCUGUCUACCUCUCUGCUGGCGUGAUCUCCACUAUGGUGAGCUACGUGUGUAAGACCGCCACGGGACGCCUGCAUCCCUCGCUUGGGGCGUCAGGGGCCAUCAUGACGGUCCUGGCGGCGGUCUGCACCAAAAUGCCAGAGGCCAAACUGGGCAUCAUCCUCCUGCCCAUGGUCAGCUUCACUGCAGGCAACGCCUUGAAAGCUAUCGUUGCCAUGGAUGCAGCGGGGCUCAUUAUGGGAUGGAGGCUGUUUGAUCAUGCGGCUCACCUUGGAAGAGCACUCUUCGGAGUGUGAGUAAUCUGAUCACUG